AUGAACUUUAAUAAAUUCCAUUGUGGAUUAUUUUCUACAAAAAUUCUAACACAAAAGCCAUCGCCAAAGCCUAAAAAGACAUUUGCACGCCGCAUCAAUCGAACGAUAAAGAAAGUUGUUAAGCUUAACUUACUGAACAUCCUUAAUGAUACAAUAACACGUCCACUGAAUAACAAAUUAAAACAUAAAGAGUUGAUUGACCUGCGGAAGAAUAAAAUCAAGGAAGAAUAUCAUGGAACGCCGAAAAGUGCUGAUCACAGCAUGGAAGAUAAAGAAAAUGUGUCACCGACAUGCACAAAAGUGAGAUUCAUUGAAUUUUCAUCAAAUGAAUCAAGUCCAAGUCACAAGCCAACAUUAAGACAGCAAUUGAUUGAUUUUGCACAGAAACACAAUCCAAAGCCUGAAAUGUUUGAAGACCUGCUGAACAUCAUGAAGUCAAAUGGACUUCAAAUUGCUAGAAAUUCUGAGAAUUUUUUUGAUAAAAAAUUUGACAUAAUAAAAAUGAAUUUUGGAUCAUACCUGAAUAUAGGCAUAGAGAGGGGAAUAAGAAGCUAUUAUAGACCAUCAUUCAUCCGUAAACCAAUGGCUCUUGUAACAUCAUCCGAUAGCAUCUUACAGCCAUCACAACCUCUUGAUAUUUUAUCCAUAGACAUUGCUGUUUAUAUAGUCAAAUCUAAGAUCUCUAAUGGCCUUACCGUACCACAAUGUAUGAUAAUAUUCGGUCGAAUAAACUGUCAAAUAUUUUAUGAUCCUUUUAUUAUUGGCAUUUAUUAUGGAUCUUUCCCCACGCCCACAAUUGGCAAUGAAAUAAUGAAGCCGUUGGUCGAUGAAUUAAAAAUUCUUAGUAAUCAGGAGCUUGUUGUCGAGGGGAAUUACAUGUUUCAAGUAAAAGUAAAUGCAUUUUUAUGUGAUCCAAUAAGCAAUAGUCUCAUUACCUGCACAUCUCUCCCAAAUUCCAUUUAUGGAUGUAGUAAAUGUAAUCAACGUGCAAAUUUACAAAUUGAUGAUGGAUUUGCAAGCUUUCCAAGUACAAUGACACUAGCAACGCCUCGAAGUGAUGACGAUUUUAGAUAUUUAUUAAAUAAUGAUCAUCAUGUAGCUGAGCCGAUUCUCACAGAGAUUAAUAUUGGAUUAAUAUCACAAUUCGCACUAGAUUAUAAAAUUGUAGUCUGUAAUGGAGUCAUGAAGCAUUUAAUGAAUUUAUGGUUAAAAGGAAAGCUUGAUUAUAGACUUAAUAAAGAGACACAACAGAAAAUUUCUAGAGACCUUCUACUCAUGACUGCAAAUUGUCCUCGAGAGUUUACGAAAAAGCCACGAUCACUUGAUGAUGUGUCUCAGUGGGAUUCACAAGAUUGGAACUUGUUUUUGUUAUAUUUUUCGCCGAUAGCAAUGAAAAGUCGAAUGCAGCAGAGAUAUUAUGUCCACUUUUUGUACCUGCAUUUAGCUAUGAGAAUAUUAAUGAGUUCUGAUGAUCAUAAUGCUGAGGCGAAUUCAUUUAUAUUAGGACAAUUACUAAACACCUUCAUCGCUGACUUUACAACUCUUUAUGGAAGUGAUAAGGUUGACUAUAAUGUUCAUAAUUUACUACAUUUUGAGCAGAUCCAACAGAAACUUGGGCCGCUUAAGAAUCUUAAUGGAUUCAUCUAUGAAGAUCAAAUCAGCAUGUUUAAUUCAAUUUUGGACAUGAAUGAAGAAGUCAAUCUUGAGGAUGUUGGUGAAAAAAUUAUUGAAAAUUCCAAUAAUAUGAUCGAAAAUAAAGUCAAUGAACUGAUCAACACGACAUAUCCAUUUAUUAACGGCAAAGGAGAAUUAGUCUUUAAAAAAUUCACAGUCUCAAUAUUGGAACCAGAUAAUCACAUCAUGACACGUGAUUCAAUUGUUAAAGUUGAGGCAAUUUGUAGUGAUAAUAAGACAGGCGAGAUCUUUAUAAUUGGCAGGAGAUACAGCAAAAUUGAGAUCAUGUUCCAGGCACCGCUAUCGAGUCAAAAAUUAUUCUUAGUUGCCAAUUUGUCACCGCUUCAUACAUUUAGACUUGAUGAUGUUGUUUGCAAAGCAGUUAAGAUUGACAAUAAGGAUGGAAUUUUUAACUAUGACGCUCUCACAGCCCAACUAAGCUCUGAAACAGCACAGCUUCAGGCAGAAUACAAUGAAACAGAAAAGGAAGUAAAGAAGCUUGAGCAAAAGUGGCAGGAUGUGAAGAUUGACUACGAUAGAGUUGAUAAUUUGUUGGAAAAAGCAAAGCUGGAAUCAGAAAUGCCGAAAGAUCGCAAGAAUACGACAACAUUGAGGGAAACAUUGACGAUGCAGUUGAGGGAGCAGGAAAAUAUUUACUCGAAGUUAAAGAAUCAAAUAUCUCACCUGAACAUGACCAAAGAAGAUCGCCGGAAGCAAAUUGUUUUGUGGACUGAUUUAGCUGAGCUUUUUGAACUCAAGAAGAGAUGCUUUAUGGAAGCGAAGCAAAGAGAAAUUGGAGGAACAAUGCAGGUCACAAACACAUCAGAUAUUUUCACAUUGCAGUAAUUUUUUCUUGUGUUUUCAACUAGUUUAUUUGAAGCAGAAUUAAUAAAUUACGAAGCACAUAAAGAUCACAUGAAUUUAUGUUAUUUAAUUUUCAGUUCUCCAAGGACCAACUUGAAUGAUUUUAUGAGUUAUGUUUGGAUGAACCUGCCUUUUAUUCUUGAAUAGAUUCUUAAAAUUAGUAGUUAAUUUUUUGAUUCUCGGUGUCUUGAUAACUCUUGAUGUUCUUGGACUUGUAUUUUGAAAAUUAGGAUCAACCAUACAUUUUCGAUAUUUCUUAGACAAAAAGAAGCUUCCAUUUAAUGUCUCCUCAUUUUUUGAUCGCAAAAUGUCCCUUGUGUAAAUAUACGAAGCAAAGCUCUUCAAACAUGACUUCCGAUAUGUCUUGAUAUAUCUUAUUGAAAUCAUCUGACUGCAUUUGACUUGAUUUAUCUUAAAACUGAGAAACUUUUCUUUAAGAUUCUCAUUGUAGAUG